AUGUUGAUGGCAGUCGGCUUCGUCCGCGGCGCGCGCGCAACCAUGUUUCACACCUGGGCAGACGACUCGAUGGGCAGCAAUCAGGAGCAGCCGGCGCUCAGGCCCACACACCCUCACCCUCCCUUAGCCGUAUCGAUGGGAGAGAAGUUGAAGCCGGCCGGCCCCCAACUGGCGAUUGAAGGUACACAGUAG